AUGAAUCAAGUGGAUUGCUUAAGAUUAGUUGAUUCUAAUUAAAUUGAAAAGCUUGGGAAUGCUAUUAUUAUGGAUUCAAAGAGGAUUAAAAAGAAUAAUAAAAAGAAGGUUUAGAAAUUGAUAAAAAAAGCUUUUGAGUUCAUACUACCUAGGACAAUUGAUGUGCAACAUAGAUAUUUAAUUCGCGGAGAUAUUAUUAUAGAUAUUGAUAAAAUUAAAAAGAACAACAUAUAGACUUGGAGCUGCCUUGAUUUAAAGGACUACAUGCCUACCAAGUCAGUCAAAUAUCUAAAAGAAAAUAAAUUUUUUUAGAUUGAGUUUGGACGUGUUGAAAAUCCUAUUAGAGACUUUACUUUUAUUAUAGGCAUGCUUAAAACUUUAGGAGAUACAAAAAUUAAUUAUUUAGCUGAGACUCUUUAAGAAUAUAAAAAUGUCUACGAUCUGAUAGAUUAAAUUCUUGCUAACAACAGGAUUAUGUAAUUGAAUGAUUAAGAAGCACAAUAAGCAGUUAACUCAAACAUCUGCACUCUUUACAGACCUUAAUACGAAGGAGAGUGGACUUAUGAAUAGAGUUUAUAAAAAGCUUCUUACAUUUUAAAAAGCAAAAUUUAAGAAAAUAAGUUCUAUUUUUAUUCUAUUUUGAAAGGCAAUUAUGAUCAAUAUGAAGUAGUCAUCCAUGGAGUCUGCGAGAAUGCGAUUAAACUGAUAUUUGGAAAUUUAGAUAAUGCAGAAAUUACAAAAAUUUUGCUUGAAAAUGGACUUGUGAUCAUGAAUAGAAGUAUACUAGAACAAAUAAUGAAUAGAACGUAAGCGAAUCGAAUCCAUCUAAGCGGAAUACAAUAAGAUAUUGAGUACUCAACCUUCAAAAAGGAUAUAACAUCUUACUCUAUUAACAACUAUCUAUUUAAACUUAGCUUGAAUUUAGAAAGAUUUAAGUUGAGCAAUUACAAAGACAGAUUCAACGACUAUUUGGUAAUUGGACAGAUAAAUGAUGACUAAAUCUUAAAUCUAGCCAAUUAAAUGUUCAUAUAAAAAGUCUUUCUAAAUAACGGAACUGAGGAAACUGAAAUCCUAUCUAACAUAGGAUAUUCUGCCUCAAGCGAGUACUUUAUUGAGAAAUUUUACCCUCCAGAAGAAGAGCAAAAAAGCCAAGAGAGAAUCAAAAUGCUAAAGUAAAUCAACCAAAUUUAAAAUACCACAAAUAAGAAGCAGUGUGGAUAUAGAAUCUUAAAUUUAGAAUGA